AGAAAAAGUCAUAAAGACAAGAAGUGAAUCAAUCUAGCCUGCAGUGCAGUUGCACACACAAAGAAUUUUGAAAAAAAUGGUUGAAUUAGUGCGUGAGGAAGAUUUUGUGGAAUAUUUUUUAUUUCCACAAAUAAGUAAUGGAUUUAAAGAUGCCGAAGAUACUAGAAAUUAUCUGAAUAAUAUUUUAAAAGAAAUCAAUUCUAUAGCUGAUUCAAUUUCUCAGGAAUACAUUUGGCACAAAGAUUCAUUCCGUUUGAAUAUACGUACAGAUGACAACGCUCAAUUGUUGUUGACCCAGGAAGGAGAUGAAAUCAAACAAAAGCUGCCGCCACAUCUUUAUGGAAUAUCGUAUUAUGGUGAAAAUAUUCAAGACGAAUGGUUUAUAGUGUAUUUGCUGUCUGAAAUUACAAAAAAAGUACCAGGAGUUAUCGCUAGAGUUGUUGAUUCAGAUGGCGAAUUUUUGUUAAUUGAAGCGGCUGAUGUUUUACCAAAAUGGGCCAGCCCCGACACUUGUGAAGGAAGGGUAUUUAUCUUCAAUGGUAAAAUUCAUGUUGUUCAAAAUUCACCCUCUAAUUCAAAAUCUGCUCUCCCUUCAUCGGUCGCUAUUACCAAAAUUUGGUCUAAUCCAGCUUUGUAUCAGGUUUCAACAGAAAUUCAAAAUGCUGUAGAAGAAAGAUUUAAGGAAUUCAAGGAAGAAUCAUUUAAGAAUCUUUUUCAUAACCAAAUUGUUAGAGUUUCUAUUGGUGUUGCAGCCUUACUUAAAGAAGAUCCUUCACUAAUUUCCUCAAGUGUCAGAUCAUUUUGUGAAAGAGAUUCGCUAGACAUGAAGGCAUGUAAAGCGAUGCGUUAUUUUCCUCCUGAAGAUCGCGUUAGAACUUCAAUAAGGUUUACGAAAUGUUUAUAUGCAAUGCUAAGUCAUUGUAAUUAUGUUCCAGAUCAACGAAUAGGUUGGCAACUUCCACCUUCCGGUACCAAAGAGUAUAAAGAAGAUUUGCUAGGAAUAAAAAUUGCAUCUGGAUUUGAAAUUUUAGCUUCCCAGGGAAAAAAAGUAAGCAACAGUGAAGACAUAGAAAACGAGAGCAAUUGGAAAACCUAUAUUAACAACUUGAAGCGAAAAGGUUAUUUUAAGGAAUUCAUAGAAAAUUCACAGGAUUACGUAUCUUUGCUAAAUGAAGCAAAACGUUUUUAUAAAGAAAACAGGGAUCAAUUUAACUCUAGACCAAACGUGGGACAAAAAAUAUUGAAAUUACUAAAUAAUAUUGAUGUGAACACAAUGGAACAAUUAAAAAAAGAAGAAAAUAGUUUAAAAAAAAGUGACAGUGAUGACUGGCUAAACAUAUCUUCCGAGGAGCUUAAUGAAAUGCUUAUUAGCAAAUAUGGAAUCAAAAAAUUAUACCAAGCAAAUGGUAAUAUUAAUGCUAACGAAUUUACAAAAAAUAUUGGAGAAUUUUUAGAAAAACGAUCAGAAUAUGACGGAGUUGAAAUAGAAACAGAUAAAAACAAAGAUGUUUCAAAUAAAAAUACAUCUCCAAAGUCUUCUAAAAAAGUUGAAGAAAGUUCUUCAAGUUCUUCAAACAAACGGGACUCUAAUCAAAUAAACUUCGAUCCUGAUGCUUUUUCAACACAUAUUAAAAAUUUUUUGGAUUUUGUUAUACCCGAAGAUAAUUGGGAAUCGAAUUCAGAAAUGAGUGAUUAUGAAGACGAAGAUGAUUUGGAAAAAAAUUUAGAAGAUAUGGUUAAUGACAACGCGAAAGUAAAUUUAGAAUCAUAUUUUAAAAAUUACACAGAACAAAUGGACAAAGAAUUAGCAAAUACAAAUGUUGGAAAAACUUUCAAUACUUCCAAGCAACAAGAUUCAAAAGAUGAUGAUUUUGAUGAUAUUGAAUCAUUUGAACCAAUAGACAUUAAUGUUAAUACAUUAAAGAGUAUGAUGGAUAGCUAUAAAUCACAAAUUGGUGGUACUGGACCUGUUUCUACACUUUUAAAUGCAAUGGGUGUAGGAAUUGAAAAAGCUGAAGAAACACAAAAUAAUUCAGCCGAUUUGACUGAAACACAAGUUUAAAAUUUGAAAUGGACCAUAAUUUUUAAUAAUGCAUUUAAAAACAUAUACGAUAUAAGUAAAUUUAAAAAUUUCGUUACCUUAAAUACAAUAUGUAUAAGCUUUUUAAAUCAUAUCAUGACUCAAAAGUAUUUUAAAAAGUUAUUAUAGAUUUAUAUUUUUGUUUUGCCCAGAGAAUUUAUCGAUGUAGUUAAAUUUGUUUACAUUAAGUGAAUAAAUC